UUAUAGUCUGCUUAUGCACUCAGACCGCAAGUAGGUAGUAUUUGACAUAAUAAGGAUUUUGCAUGGAUUUUGAGUUUUGGCCAUUGAUCACAGAGUACAUUAAACGCCAUUAAUUGUUGAUAUUGAUAUGUCAUAUUAUUAUUAUUUUUUGAAACUACAUUAAAAUUUGAGGUUUUUAUUGAGUUGUACUAGUUAAAAAUAUUAAUCUUGUACUACAAUGUACAUAGCAUUCAAGUGGCUUUUAUGUCUUUCACUAUUGAUGUGGAUUGGGAUCUGUUUCGUUGAAUUAAUACAUAAGAGAAGUAAAGAUAUUGUUGAACAAGAAAUAAUAGACGAAAUAUACAGAAACAGAAGUGCUUCGAAUCGUAAUAUGGGGUUAAUAAAACAUAAGAAUAACAAUCCCAAGUACCACCAGGCAAACACGGGUCUCUAUCAUUUUGCUAUUUUUAUAUUUGUGGCAUUCACUCUAAUGAACAGAAAGGAAAUAAUUUUACGUACAAGGUUUAAAAUAAUGGAGAAAUGUUACUACCUCGAUUUGAACAAAACCGCCAAAAUGUAUGGUGUUGCCGCACUCGACACUUUAAGAAAACUAACUUCAAAAUUCCGAGUUGCUAUGAACAAAAGCCUGAAGUUAACAUGGGGAGUAAUUUUAGACCUAGCACUAAAAAUGAAAAAAUAUGCGGACAAAAAAGAUCCAAAAAUAAAUUUGUUGCUACUAGAGAAGUUAAAGGAAGUCGGGGAACAGAAGAAUAACAUGGGUCACCUUCUCCUUGCUGCCAUACAGGAAUGUAAUAGUAUGAGACAUCAGUUACAGAUGGAGAUCACAUCAAAAAAUAAGCUUAUAAAAUGUAUUGAAGACAACAAAAGCUUAUUAAAAGAAAGUCAAAAUAAAUGUGCCCAUAUCAAAAAUUUACAUAUAACAGCUCAGUAUGAAAAAAAUGUUCUGAAAGCUCGGCUUAGACAAGUUUCUAGGGAAAAAGAUGACUGUAAAAGGUUAAUUGCUAAGUUAAUUCAUAAAAUAAAUGAGUCCAAAAACUACGAACUUAUUACACUUUGUUCCAAUAUGUUCAGGCCGUCACAAGACAGCUCAUUGAAAAGGGGCGAAAAUAGUGAAAAAACUAAUAAUUUAGAAAAUUUAAGUGGGCACAAUUCCAAAGGAAUUUAUAUUAAGGACGACUCGCAAGUAACGCACAUUUCAAAGAUACAUCAGCAGACAUCUCAGACUUCAAGUUACUUACCACUAAAAGAAACAGCUGCAGAAUGCAUAUGGACAACUAAAAAUAAAGAUGGACUCUUGGAGAAAAUUUUUGAAUACGGCUAUGAUUCCAAACACGAUAAUAGUGGGGACACCAGAAGAAUAAGACGAAUAAGGGAAUACUCUGUACAGUGUGAUAAAGAGUGUCAAUUGGAUUAUCAAAGAUUGGAAGCUGUUGUGACUCAAAGAAUAAGAUGCCAAAAUCAAAACUUUUUAACGGGAUCAGAAGCAUUUAAAAACUUUCUGGAAAAUAAUAUGAAUUCGUUAAAUUCUCCUAAACGUUGUUAAAAUAGGUUUACCAAAUGAUAACACAACAUCGGCGUUUAUUAUUU